AUGUCUCUCGCCGACUCCCUUAAACAGUUCAAAUCCGAACGCGCCGAUGUCGUCUCCCGCAACCUCGCCCACGCCCGCCCCGCCACGACCUCCAACACCCCCGCUCGGUCAGGAACCCCCAAACCCGCUGACCAGAAAUGUACGCACGAUGCCGCCUUCUCCGGUCCCGCGCUGGGAGCCUCGGCCGGAGCGGAGAUAAUGAAACUCGUCGUAAACGCAGUCCAACACAUGAAAGAAAAAGGCAGCCAACACCCCGAGACCUUCGACGAAAUCGUGCGCUACUCCUCCCUCCCCCUCGACCUCAAAACCCCCCGGGGCCUAGCGAAAUUCAAGCAAGCCCUCCAAACGCACCACCGCCUCCAAUACCUCGACGCGAGCUCCGGCAAAGACGGUAAAGAAAGCUUCAAGUACAAACCCCUGCACCCCGUGACAAACGGCGAAGAACUCCGCGCCUACCUCUCCCGCCUCGACUCCGCCCAAGGGAUCCCCGUCAAAGAACUCAAAGACGGCUGGCAAGACUGCAUCCCCACCCUCGACCGCCUCGAAUCCCAAGGCUUCAUCCUCCUGACCCGCAACAAAAAGGACAAUAUCCCCCGCUCCGUCUACCCGGACGACCCCUCCUACCACCUCCUCAAACCUGCCUCCACAACCUCGCAACCGCCUCAUAUCACAAAACCAGAUGAAGAUUUCAUCUCCUUCUGGGGCAAAGUCCGUUUACCGCCCAACGACAACGAUAUCCGGAAUGAAUUAGAGAGGGCAGGACUGACACCUACGAGCGCGAUCAAGGAGGCCCGGAAGCUGGGGACGGGGAAGAAGGAGAGGAAGAGGGUGGAUCGGAAGAAUACGAAGAAGACUAAUACGCACAUGGUGGGGAUUCUGAAGGAUUACUCCAAGCUGAAGAAGUAG